CUGAGCACACCCAACAGAUGAAUUUAAACAAGCAUGCAAAGUUUUAAGACGAUUGGACCACAGCUGCCUGGAGAAAACAGAGCCUCACAAACCUCCAGUGAACAAGCCAAAUGUGACACUCGCAUGGAAAAACUGAACAGGAGAAAUAAGGGAGAAACCUUGGUGAAAACAAGGCCCAACUGAGGGAAGUACACCGCCUCUGGCUGGUGAUGUCACGACGCGGACCCGAGUAACAGGAUCGGGGACAUUUCUCCCCUACUUAAACCUGACACAUGGAGCGCGCGGCGGUGGACGCGUUUUUGAAAGGGAUCCCAUCAUUCCCAUCCUUGGACAAAAUGGCAGGUGUGUUUGCCUACGAGAGCUCUGAAGUGGACUGGUGCGAGGACAACUAUAAACAUUCAGAGAAUGUUGUGGAAUAUUUCAACACGAUGAGCAGUUUCAUAUUCUUUGUGAUUUCACCCAUAAUGCUUUACCUGCUACACCCAUAUGCCAAGGAAAGAAACCUGGCUGUGCACCUGGUCUGGAUCAUGAUGGUCUUUGUAGGUCUCUUCUCCAUGUAUUUUCACAUGACUUUGAGUUUUAUGGGCCAGAUGCUGGAUGAGCUGUCAAUACUGUGGGUUUUGGCUAUUGGCUACUCCCUGUGGUUCCCACGCAGACACUUCCCCUCUUUUAUUAAGGACAGGAGAUCGUUCUCUCGUUUGGUCCUGGUCAUUACUGUCAUAAGCACUCUGUCCUCUUUUGUCAAGCCUACAGCCAAUGCCUACGCGCUCAACUGCUUUGCCAUCCAUAUCCUCUACUCUCUGUUUGUGGAAUUAAGGAGUUGCACAGAUGAAAGAGUGCUGCGCCUGGCCUGGUCGUCCAUUGGCCUGUGGGUUCUGGCUAUCUCCUGCUGGCUUAGCGAUCGCUUUGGCUGCAGCUUCUGGCAGAAACUGAACUUCUGUUAUCUGCACGGUAUCUGGCACAUUCUGAUUGUGGUGGCCACUGCUUAUGCCAGUACUUUGAUCGCUUACCUGGACGCUAGUCUGGAAAUCCCUCACUCCCUACCUGACCUGCAGUACUGGCCACAGAAUAACUGGUCCGUUGGGCUUCCUUACAUAGUGCUCAAAGGCUCCACCAAGACACGGAAGAGAUGCUAGCAGGCACGACAAGAUGAAGAGACGCAAUCUCAUAUUUAAAGCUUGGUGUAAUGUUGAACUAGGACCAGCCUUUACAUUUCCAAAAUGGUGAAUACAUUUAUAUGGGCAGGAAGGAGCUUAUCCUAGAUCAGAUACUGUAUGUCAUGUGAACUCUGAAGAGAAACUUGUUAUAUGAAACAAAUGUUGCGCUGAAAUUGUUGCCGUUUCUGGAACUUUCUCCACUUUUCUCAGAGAACAUGAAACUGAAGUGUGUUUGUGUGAGUGAAUGUUUCUAUGAGUGAAUGAGUGACUGUUCUUAUUCUCAUCUUUACAAACAACAUGCUGUUGUUAUGUGAAAAUGAAUAUUUGCACUGUUGUGACAAGAUUGAAUGUCUGUACAAAACAUUCUGCAUUUUACUUGAUAUGAAUCAGAGGCUUUUUUGAGACAGUUAACUGAGAAAAUUGUCAUAAGCAACUACUUGAUUCAUGGGUGAAACUUGAAUAAUAUUUGUAAUAGAAGAUGUUAAUAAUUAAUAGUCUGUUCAGAGGGAGAAAAUCAUGCUGUCUGUGUGAUGUGAGAUGUCACUUUCUGAAAUGGUUUUCUCGCAGCAAAUGGUGCAAACAUUUGUUUACAAAUGUAAUAAGUGGGAUUAUGUUCAUUUUGGUGUGGCAUAUUUUAAUCUUAUUUUAUUUUGCUUUAUCUAUAUAUUGUUUUAACUUCUAACCUCCAUCUCAGUGUAUGAAAUUGUGUAUAUUGACUUAUGUGACUCAUGAAAAUAAUGAUUUGUGGAUAUUUUUAUAUAAA